GGGCGGCGGGUGGGGGGGUGCCGGGAGCGGGGACGGGGGGGGGGCAGAGCCAGCGAGCGCGCCCGGCGGAGGGGCCGGAGACGCGGCGGCGGCGGCGGCGGCGGCAAGAUGGCGGCCAAGUCGGAUGGCGGCGGCGGCGGCGUGGGCUUCGCCCAGCUGCACAACCUGGACGAGGCGGCGGCGGCGGCGGCGGCGGCGGGCGUCUGCGGCGCCGGCGGCGUCGGGGCAGCGGCGGCCGAGGGCGCGGAGGAGCCGGGCGGCAGCAGCUCCUUGCACAUCUGCCACUGCUGCAACACGUCGUCGUGCUACUGGGGCUGCCGGAGCGCCUGCCUGCGGAGCCUCUUCGGGCGGGCGGCCGCCGCCGCCGCCGCCGAGCCGCUGGCCCCGCGUCCCGCCGCCGAGGGGCCGCCGCGGGCGCCGGAGGGCGGCGAGGCGGGCGAGCGGCCGUGGCUGGACUGCCUGUGGAUCGUGCUGGCGCUGCUGGUGCUGCUGGGGGACGUGGGCACGGACCUGUGGCUGGCGCUGCACCACUACGGCCGGCGGGACUACGUCUGGUGCGGCCUGACGCUGGCCUUCGUGCUGCUGCCCUCGGUGCUGGUGCAGAUCCUCAGCUUCCGCUGGUUCGUGCAGGACUACACGGGCGGCGGGCUGGGCGCCGUGCAGGGCCUCAGCAGCCGCGGGCCGCCCAUGAUGGGGGCCGCCGUCCGCCGGGGGGGACCCGCCGGCGGGGUAGGAGGAGCCGCCGGCACCGUCACCCCCGGGGCGCAGCGCCUCUGCAGGAUCUCCGUCUGGGUCUGGCAGUCCGUCAUCCACCUGCUGCAGAUGGGGCAGGUCUGGAGGUAUAUCCGAACUAUGUACCUGGGGAUCCAGAGCCAGAGGCGGAAGGAACACCAGCGGCGUUUCUACUGGGCUAUGAUGUACGAAUAUGCAGACGUAAAUAUGUUGCGCCUCCUGGAAACUUUCCUCGAGAGCGCCCCUCAACUGGUGCUACAGCUCUGCAUAAUGAUCCAAAAGAACCGUGCAGAAACAUUACCAUGUGUGUCCUCUGUGGCCUCCCUGAUGUCCCUGGCUUGGGUGCUAGCCUCCUAUCACAAGCUUCUUCGGGACUCUAGGGACGACAAGAAGAGUAUGAGCUACAGAGGGGCCCUCAUCCAUCUCUUCUGGCGCCUCUUCACCAUCUCAUCCCGAGUUAUUUCUUUUGCUCUCUUUGCUUCCAUCUUCCAGCUCUACUUUGGGAUCUUUGUAGUGGUCCAUUGGUGUGCCAUGGCUUUCUGGAUCAUCCAUGGUGGGACAGAUUUCUGCAUGUCUAAGUGGGAGGAGAUCCUCUUCAACAUGGUGGUAGGGAUUGUGUACAUUUUCUGCUGGUUUAAUGUCAAGGAAGGGCGGACUCGAUACAGAAUGUUUGCGUAUUACACGGUAGUCCUGACGGAGAACGCUGCCUUGACGCUCCUUUGGUAUUUUUACAGAGAUCCUGACACUACUGACUCAUAUGCCGUGCCAGCACUGUGUUGUGUCUUUCUUAGCUUUGCUGCUGGGAUAGCUUUGAUGCUGUUAUAUUAUGGUGUGCUGCAUCCCAUGGGGCCAAGAGCUAAGAUCUUUGCCAGCUCCUGUUGCGCCGAGCUGCUCUGGGGCAUUCCUUUGCCCCCCGAUGUUGAGCCCAUGGCACCCCAAACCCCUGGGUACCGGGGGGCCCAGGCUACGCCCACCAGAGCGGUCACGGAGCAACAGGAGGAACUCACAGCUGACACUUGCUUGCCCGUUUUCCAGGUGAGAGCAAUGGUACCAUCUACUCCAUCUGGGCGACCCUACCCCCCAGAGGGGCCUCUCAUUAAGAUUGACAUCCCAAGAAAAAGAUACCCUGCAUGGGAUGCUCAUUUUGUAGACAGGAGGUUAAGAAGAACUAUCAACAUCCUCCAGUAUGUCACCCCCACAGCUGUAGGUAUUAGGUAUAGAGAUGGACCUCUCUUAUAUGAGUUGCUACAAUAUGAAUCUUCACUUUAAAAGCUCCUUAAAGCAAAAGUAAAAGAGGGGACCUUAUUUUUGUUUACGGUAAACACAGAUCAUGAAACAAACACAAACCUUCAGAUAAGCUUUCUUUCUGGUUGCUGUAUGUAUAAAAAAAAAAAAAAAAGAUAUUCUCUAUGUUUUGUAAGUAAAAACAAAAAGAAAAACUUUUCUUUUGUUUUUUACACACAAGAAACAGUAUUUCAACUUCCACACCUAGGAUUCACAGGUGGAGAAGGAGGCAUCUCCACAUCAGUUUUAUACCGUACACCAAGUGUAGAACAUUAUUUAUGGGAUUGGUGCUGAUUGAAAAAUAAAAAAAAAAAACAAACAAACAAACCUACAACUGCCUUAUGCCCUUAGGUGCUGAGUUUCAUUAAGUACUGUCACCUUUCUCAUGCAAAACUCUUUGAUGAUUAUAUGCCAGGAAAAAAACGAACCAACUGAAAUACAAACCGUAAAAUUUAAAAAAAAAAAAAAAAAAAGAAAAGAAAAAAAUGAACAACAACAACAAAAAGAGAGAAAUGUAUGAAAACAAAAUCUUGUUGCUCUUAUUGGAUUUAGCAGAAAAAAAAACCCCAAAUGUCUAAAGAUAAGAAAGCAAAGCCAAGACAACCCCAAUGGAGUUUGAUUUUUUCCAACAGUUGGAAGACAAAAUCAGGUCUGUAACUAAAUUUGGCAACGCAUUUAUAACACCAUUUGGCCAAGCCUGCAAGCCUUGGCCAAGCCGUGUUACAAACGCAAUCCCACCACGUGUUACAAAGGCAAUCCCACCGCGUAACCGUUUUCCUCGUGUAAAUGGGCCACGCGUAAUGGUCGGUUUGCACCAGAUGAAUAUGGUAAUACAGUAUCUGAUCUUGUUCCGAACAAUUGCACACGCUAAAGCGCCACUGACUUCAGUGGAGGAAAUAACAACCGUCUGAGCCCAGAAUAAGGCCUGCCACCUUGAUUUCUGGAAAAUAAGAAAUCUGCGAACAUUGAAAUUGUAUACCAAAAACAUGAUACUAAAGUACAUUUACACAUAUCUAAUAACUAUUUCAGUAAUAAUAAAACUCAGCAUAGUAGCAAAAAGCGAGUCAAUUUAAAGGCACAAUACUUGAUCAGUGACUGGCAAAAUAAUUUGACCUACUGUAUCAUUUUAAGGCUGUGAAAGGCAUACAUGUAUUAUUUGUAAUCUCGUGUAAGACCUGUCAUGUCUCAUUCAGUGCGAGCCUUAAAGUGAUUGUAAAGCAUCCUUUGUUCCAUUUUGGGGGUUUUGGGUUUUGAUUUUUGUUUUGUUUUGUUUUGUUUUGUUUUUAAGGAAAACAAAACAUGAAAAUCGGGAUAAAAACAAACAAACAAACAACAAAACAACCAACAAACUUCUUCAAACGGUAAUAACCUGUAAACUGACUCACGUCUUGAGAUGAUUUGGUGCUUUGUAUUUUUGUUGAUGUUGUUGUUGUGAUUUAGCUGAGAAUUCUUCAAGUCGGUACCUGUGGGGAACUGCUGAUAAAAACUGUCUUGUGUCACCCUCUACUGUAAGUACAUGGCGAGAAACACCACCAGAGGAAAUUCAAGAGCGUAGCGAGAGCAUCGUGGUUUAGCUUAGCCUUCUCACUGCAAGGAGAUGCUGCCACCUCCGAUGAUGGCAAAGCCUAGACGGUCACCUGCCAAGGGCUGUGUGGUUGUCUUGACAUUUCCAAAUAACCCGCUCGGUGUCUGAACAUUCACAUCUCUCGAAUUCUGUUUCUGUGCUGGAAUCUCUUGUUUCAAGUUAAAUCACGGGUUUGCGUCUGUCCAACACCCUUUUCCGUUUCGAGAGUAUUGCUCCUUUAAAGGAAUAUUCCCGUUUCAGGGCAUCUUUUCAAUCCCACCAUCCCUCUGCUUGGGAGGGGAAAACAACAACGACAAAAUGAGAUAUUUUUAAGUGAAUGCUGUAGUAUUUUCUGUGUGUACUUGCAAUUUUUUAUUCCAGAAAUACUGUAACUGUCUAGGGUGCAAAACUCCCAUGCUGACCUAUUCUGAAGAGAAGAUCAGCAUGAGGGGGGAUAUUUUUUAAUUAUGAUUAUGUUUUUUUUUAAUUUGAGGAAUCAGUUGGGUUUUUUAAUUAUAAUAGUAUUUAAAGAAACUAGUACCAAUUUUAUACAACAGUUUAAAGAAGCUGAAUGCUUUCUUCGCCUGAAUAUACCUGAAGAGAAACAUUUUUUUCAAUCAGUGGUCCUUUGCAGUGUGCUGAGAAAAUGUUGGGGUUUCUUCAGUUGUUUCGUUUUGUUUUGUAAAGAAAACUUUUAACUGGUGUCUGUCCCUUUCAAGGAGGGCAGAACUCAUUCACGCCAAACUAUAGACACACGGCAAAGUUUAUAAGAAGCCAAAUUGUCACUGGUACUGUAAUUCCCAGUCAAACUCCAUUUCAGGCAAAUGUUUCUGGGCUCUGAUUACACCCAAUAUGAUGGUCACAUUUUCAUGCAAAGGGAGGGAUUUUUGUCUUGUCAUUCCCUACCUAAAUUCCCAGUACCUUGUCCACCGUGCGCAUAAAUACAUACAUAUAUGCACACAGAAUUAUACAUAUUUGUGAAAAGCUUUCAUUUCCCUUCUCCGUUGUCUGUGUCCCAUAACCAGUCCCUUCUCAAGUGUCCUAGUAACAUUUCACCCUGUUCCUUCCCUAAUCAGUAUGCUGUCUCCAUAAAAAGAGGUAAUUUGUGAAGUGAACUUGCUGUCCCCAGCUGCUGAGUCAUAAAAACACAGAGGUGCCCAUCCUCCAGCAACAGGCCUGCGUUUCUCCUCCCAGGACUUUCUUUUGACUUACCUUUAAUACCAGUGUAGACUUACUCUGAUCCAGUUCCCUAAGACUCAUGCCCUGUGUAAAGGAGAGCCUUGGUCCUUCCAUGAAGUGCUCUCCUCUACAUAUCUGCAUUUCAUUGGCAUAAGCAUGAAAAAGGAAUGGAUGACAAACAACCCUGCUGUUCCUCGGGGACAUUUCCUCCAGAAGAUAGCAUCCUCAUUUUCAAAAGCACCAUGAGAACGUCCCCUUCCCUGAACUUGUCAACCUUGAGGUCUGGUUUGGAGAUGUGAUCCCACUCCCUGGCCCCACCUGAACAGCCGGACCCUGCCGCUUUGCACCGGGACAGUGAGAUGAGUCAACGAGCCGAGGCACACUCAUCAGGAGUCGAGGAGGAGACCCUUCAGUGUUGCCUCUCAUGAGCAUCUGCAGCCUGCCUUCCCUCAGGAACAGGACCCUUGCUCCAGACCACCGCACCAACAGCCGUCCUCUCCAACCCGUUACGGGUGUGAAGGGGCAAAACACUCUAGAAGUGACCUUACCUCUCAAUGCAGUGCUAAUUUCUCACAGCCAAACCAGCUUGACUAAGGGCUUGACACACCCCUGUUCCAAAGUCCUCCUCCUUCAUGGCUCGUAGUAUGGAUAACAAUGAAGGCGGGUGCCUCCACUGCGUGUUUAGACUGUUUCAUUGCAUUUAGUCGCAUAAACUUUCUGCCUCCGCUAUUAGUCCUUUCUUUGAAUGAUAUCCACUGGUAUCUUGAUUUAGCAAGAUUUCCAGUGAGAGCCUGUGUCAGCCCUGGAGAACUAUUUCUCUUUGAAGGACUUCAUUACAGCCUUAAUAUAAAGCACAUGCUCUACCACUACACCCUACGAGUUCCUGGUGGACAGUUUGGUGUGGUGACCAUUUCCUCUUGGGAUUGCCUGUGAUCUUGUUGCCAAACAGCGCCUUUUGCCAAGCCAAAAGCUCGGGGAGGAAAAUUGCCCCCAGCUCUUUAUUGGUACUAAUCCCAGUGCUAAGAGUCUAGUCCUCGCCUCCUGGUUUUGGGUUUGGUUGGGUUUUUUGGGUUUUUUUUGCACAGGGUCUCUUUGAUUUUUUACUUUGGCAGGAUGGCCAGUGACUUAUUUCAGUUUCACCUGGGUUUUAACUCCUUAGCUUCUUCCCAAUAUUAAGUUAUACCGCGUCCCACCUUCUUGCCAGAAGAUACCGCACGGGGGUUUUUCCAAACUGUCACGGCGAAGGAUGAGCCCACAUUUAUUCACAUCUCAAGAUCAGUGGGCAACUUCUCUGGCAUGUUUGUGCUGCUGGAUUCACCCUGGGAUCAUCUAAACCAGCCCAACUAUGCUGUGCCAGGGCAAAGCCAGGGCGUGAGGGCUCCACCAUCCCCACUGUUAUAUUGUUCAAACCUUCCCUGGUAUGGUUUUGACCCACUCCAGCCAGCCCUGGGCACCUGGCCAGAGGCAAUCCCCAGUUGGCAGUUCAGAUGCAGCCACUCUGUAUCGGGGGUGAAAGUGUUCGCUAGCGUGGAUGGGGCCAGCACUCGUCAGCUGGCUUCGUGGCCAGAAUGGAUCCUGGCAGUGCUUCGUUUACUAAUAAAGAUGUAACGAUGUGCCCCAGACCAGGAUUCAGGACUUGGUGGAAUACAUCAGCUCCGAUCUGGCAUUUUUCUAUUUUCUGCCUAAUUCAACGGACAAGCUAUUUUUCAGCUCACUUUGUUCUUUUUGCUGAGGUUACUUCAAAAACAGCAUCACUUUUAUCGUGCUGAUGUCAACCCAUCCGUCCACCCCUCCAUCCGUGUCAGAUGGCUGGCAUGCUUAGUGUGAUAGCGUUACACAUCUGUAGGCAGCUAAUUUGGAGACAGGAAUGAUUCAGACCAGACCAAAUCAACAACAGAAAUACAGGAAUUACAAGGUCCCUGCCCGUGCCCUUGCCAUGCUUUGCCACCCACACGAGGCAUUUUUCACCUGCACCAUACCCAACCUGAACCGCAGAAGGGGAGUCAGUGUUGUAUAAUUACCAGUGGAAAGUGGAGAGCCACCAAUUUGAAGUGUAAAUAUAUAUAUUUUCAGUGUUUUGGAUUGGAGCUAAUUGUCUGCUUCAUCCUGUCCUUCUCUGCACCUGCCAAAAGUCAGUAGACAUUUGCAUGUAUUUUUAUUUAAAGCUGACUGGAUGAAACGGGACAAAAUUAAUUUCAAGCUUUAGUCAGCGGCCUGCUAAAACCUGGCUGAUGCUGCUCGCAAGGGGAGCAUUGCUGUUGACUUUCAGAGAGCAGUCGUCCUGUGCUCUUCAGAUAUAUUUUUGUACCCACAAGAUUCACUUCACAAUUUAUCCCUCCUCCCCUUCCCUACACAGAAAUGCAUGACACACCUGUCACCCACAUACCUGCAGCAUGACUAAACCUCCUGAAGAAAAUGUGGUCUGAGGUUCGUCCAGCAUGAUUUCAUUGAAGCUCAGAGGUGCUUUGAAAAGGACAACUUACUACUGUGCAUUUGCAAAACCUUUCAGUGCCUGCUUGCUGGGCAGCUUGGGCAAGAGACAAUUUGGAAGCUGCCGGAGCCAGCGGAAAAUUGUGGAGACAGGCUUUUCUAGGAUAUUUUCUUCUUUUACUGGGUUAGCUGUUCUCUGGCUUCUGUUCAGAUCGGAUGUGGUCAUGCAAAAAAAAAAAAACAAACCCAGAAAAGAAAAACCCAGAUAACCACAACAAAAUAAGGUCUAUGCCAAUCCCCGCAGAAGCUGAGGUAGCUGAUGCUACAUGGUAGGGAUGAUGUGAACUCCGUUGUGUACCCUUUGCUUGCUGAAGCUUGCAUGUUGUUAUUUUGGCAGUUGCCUAAAGCCCUGGGGCUUUGGGGAUGGUAGUUUCCCAGGGUUACGGUUGCUCUUUUUAUUUCUCCUUGGAGCUCAGGUGUAUUCUGGUGCAGAGAAUCUCAGCCUGGUUUGAAUGAGAAGAUUUGAGGCUAUCCCAAAUAGACGUGGGCAAACCUUUCACUGUGUGCAGAAUGCAUUUCCAGACCUUUGGGUGACGCUAGAGAUUGUUGCAAUCCGCUUAUUUCUUCAUGGGCACGUUCAGAAUCCCUUCAUUGUUCUGUUGUGUUUGAACUUGGGAAUAACGGUGUGGUGACUCUUUUCUGUUGAGGUGUGAUGUGAAGAAAGGUAGGAGCCUUCCUGCUGUGCUAGAUAUUGCCUGUGUUCAACCCUUGUUCCUUACUUGAAGCUCAGACAGUACGAUAAUGAGAAAAAUGAGAAAAUGAGGUGACAGAUAGCUGCAUAUGUCCCAUUGGCUCUCCACUGAUGAGGAGGGAGGCAAUCGGUGACAAAAUAAACCUGGAUAAACCAUCUGGACCUUAAUGUAUAUCCCGAUAUACCUACCACCCAACUGGAAAGCGAUGUCGUUGAAAAAAUAAUGUGGACUAUUGUAUAUUAAAAAACUAAAAACCAAAAGAAAGCAAAACCCACAACAAAAGCAAGCUUUGCAAGCAGGCAAAUAUGAUUUGAGAGCAUAAACUUUACUUCCCACGCUCCCUUUGGGACACAUGCAGCAAGGCAACUGUUGAAAACCAGGCACUUUGUAAUAUGCGGAGUUAUUUGGAUUUGUGCAAUGCUGUGUUUGUCAGAUGGUCUUUUACAGCGAGUGUAGAAAGUGGCCACGGUCUAAAACUCAUUGCAGAUUUCUGGGUGACAGUACUUCUGGGUUUUGACCCCAGCUCUGCCACGAAGUUGCUGUGUAACCUUGGGCAAACGAUUUAACCUUUCUGUGCCUACAGUUUACCCAUCUGUACAUGGGUAUAAUAAUAUUUACCUACCUCACAGGGGUGUUGUGAGGCUUAAGUAAAUGCGUGUGAGAGGUGGUGGAAGUGCGCCGUAGAAGUUUCAUUCGUGCUGGGUUUGGGCUGUUAUCGGGAAUGAGCACUAAAGGGGUUUGUUACAACACGCAGAAGGAAAACCUGCUGGUGCGUGCAUGUGUCGAGAAAGUGAUCUUAAGUCUUUUCUCUCCCCAAAAGCAAGGCAUGGAGAAAAUUGUUGUGCGCCAACUGAAUAGCCUUGCUUUCCUGGUCAAAUGUAAUAGCACGGUUUGCAAUAUUAUUUUCUUACACAACAGGUGACCUUUCCCUUUUCCUUUCUGUUUCUGGAAACUUGAAACUAAAGAUCACAAACGUAUUUCUGAACCGAACGGAUUACUGAUGAAUACUUGAAUUUCUCUAAAGGUUGCUCUCAUCAGCCACGGUUAAUGUGCACUAAUCUUUCAGUCAUCAGCUUCCAUCUGAAUACAGUGAAAAAUUUGCUCACGCUGUUUUGGAAUAGCCUGGACCUUGUUUGGGAGGCUGGUAUACUGUUUGCUGAGGACUCUUGUAGGCAGGGGAAAACUAGGGUCUCAACUGAUAAACAUGUGAAAAAUCUUUUUUCUUUUUGUUUUUGCCUUUUAAGUUCUUGACUGCCUAAGACAGCACAAUAAUUGCAUUUUACUUGGUU